AUGAGGCCGAUGAACCACCAUUAUUACUUAGAUGAUGGCGAAUUUGCAACUGCAAUUGCUGCUACUGCUCAUGCCAUACAUUCCCUUGAAGAAGCCAGCACCAAACAGUACCUCAGAAAUAUAAGUAACAGAAAAGAAGAGCCCUUUAGGCCACCUCAACCAGGUUCCAUGCAGAGGUCCUCUCGACAAGAUACUGGAACUACAUCCUUCAGGCGACCUCCUCCUCCCAUUGUAGAGAACCAAAGACAAAGGGGAACUUCAAGGGGGCGUCGAAAUGUAGAGACUAAAGCAGAUGCUUGGGAAAGAUCUCAAUUGGAAAAGAUUCACAAAAGAUACCAGAAGAUGCAUUCGAACAUUCUUGCUUGGGAGAACGAGAAGAAAGUGAGAGCAAAGCAACAAAUGGAAAGAAACAAGGAUGAACUGGAACUGAGAAAGUCAAGAAACUUGAAACAUUACCAAAACAAGCUAGCAAGGAUUGAUCAUAUUUCUACUGGAGCAAAAGCACAAUUGGAGGAGAAAAGAAAAUAUGAAGAUUCAAUAGUGAAAGAAAAAGCAAGAAAAAUGAAAUCAACUGGAAAGGCUCCUAUCGGCUGGUGCUGUUUCUAA